AUGACCAACAAUGGUAUCAACCCUACCUUCUGUUCAUAUUCCUUUGACCAGGCCCUCGUGUGCUGUCGAGAUGGCUCCAGUAUCCUGAGGGUUGCAGACAAACGACCAGUGUGGUCUACAUCUAACAGCGCGAAUGGCAACCGACAAAGAAGACUGAGUGAACGAAAAUGCGAGGAGUACAGCAAGAACGUUAUCCAGACCGUAGACUUCCUACCACUCCUGCCAGACCCUGAAACUCAUUCCAUUUCAUCAGCGAAAUGUGACUACACGAAAGUAGAGCUGAUAGUUGGUGGUGAAAACGCUAAUCAGGGGGAAUUCCCUCAUAUGGCUGCCAUCGGAUGGGUGGAAGACAACUCCUAUGUGUUCCUCUGCGGUGGGAGCCUCAUCAGCUCCAGGUACGUGCUGACGGCGGGACACUGCAUCAAGGUCCCCAGGCGAAGACCAGAGGGACCAUCCAUUGUUAGGCUUGGAGAUCAGAACUUGGAUCCGAAUGUUCAGGACAGAGCUACUCCUGUUGAUGUACCAAUUAAGAACAUAGUACCUCACCCAGAAUAUCGACCUCCCGGAAAGUACAACGAUAUAGCUCUCCUGGAGCUUCACACAGACGUGGACUUUGAGACCAACAUCCGCCCCGCCUGUUUGUGGACGAAGCCAGACUUCGCUAAGCAUAGCAAGGUCCUGGCUACUGGCUGGGGAGUUACUGAUCCAAACUCCCGAAAUCCGCAAACAUCGAAGGAACUACAGAAGGUGUCGUUAACGUUACUUCAAAAUUCGCACUGUGACCGACUCCUGGAAGAUUCGAGAAACAGGCAUUGGCAAGGAUUUGCUCCGACGCAGAUGUGUGCAGGAGAGCUCAGGGGAGGAAAAGAUACUUGUCAGGGUGACUCCGGAUCUCCUCUCCAAGUGGCUUCCAGCGAGAACCAGUGCAUCUUCCACAUAAUGGGAAUCACAUCAUUCGGACGGAAGUGCGCCCAGUCCGGUAAACCGGCCAUCUAUACACGGGUCUCUAGCUAUAUUGGCUGGAUUGAAAGUGUUGUGUGGCCAGGGGAGUCGUAACUUUAGAACUUACGUUUUAUAAUUAUUAGCUAAUAAGUGAAAAUAAUCUUCUGUAGUACCCCAUUACAUCAUCUCUGGACCUAACGUCGAUGACGUCACAUCGUCAUUCAUUGAUGUAAAUGUGUUGUGUUGUGAUUAAAAAUCAAUGAAACAAUGAAGGUUAAGUCAAAGAAUAUAUAAUAGUAAAAGUACGGUCUCACUACGCAAAAUCGAUUAAAGAAAUAGGGACUCUUACGAUCAUACAAUAAGGUGUAAUUCAGAUCGCUAUUAACCUAUAUUUUUAUUCACCUAGACGUUGCCUCUCUUUCUAUCGCGUGACUCUCACUUCUUCUAACGACAUUAGGGUUAACUUCUUUACCUAAAACUGUACCUACCUAGUAUAAGGUCAUCUUAUAAAAUAGCUCAGUUUUUCUAUAAUAUAAAUAGGUAUUUAAUCUUUAUUUUAAAUCAGUAUUCUUUCGUUGUCAAACCUACAUUUGUUUCACAUAGUAAUGUAUGCGUUGGAAGACCACGACAUAGUCAAACCUACUGAGCAUAUACUAUACAAGGAAAUAAAUAGGUUGCUAUCGUGAAUAGUAAUUUUAUUAUAAUAAUAAUCUCUUUAAAUUAGGUUGUUUCAGCGUCAUUAGGAAGCUAUAAUCUAAAUGUGCAUCGCAAUUACCUUUAACAUGCUUUGCUUUAUUUAAAUUUCUCCAUUUUUAAAAGAUCAUUCGGAUCGGAGUGAAGUAGAUGACAACAAGGCGCACGUGCGUCACUGCUCGCUCGUGAGUCCCUACUGACUAGCCUACUCUGUAGAGGCCGCCGUACGUUUACGAUUUCGAUACCUACACGGGGAGUGAGACAGGACUGAUUAAGUACAAAGAGUAUAUUUUUUAGCGACACAGAACAACAGAAACUACAGAACUAUUAUCAAAAACAAGCAUUGUUAGCACGAAAAUAUCACAUGUAUACCUAACGGUAAUGAAACUGCAAACCGUACUGACUCAGAACGAACGCGAGGGGGGGGGGGUGAAAGGGGAACGGGAGGGGGUAUUACGUUCCAGCGAGGUCCAGAGGUAAUGUGGCAGUGUUGUACUACUUAAUAAUUCCUUGUCAAAUUAAAAAAAGAACGCGUCUAGCAAAGAGUAUAAUAAUAUUAUAUAGGGAAAAGAGAGCCCUCUCUAAUAUAUAUAUAAUAACUAACUAAUUGCAAUUUUUUACCAUGUUGAAAUUGCGCGUAGAGUUAGUUAUUUAAUUUUGCCACAACAUAGAACAUAAAGGAUAGAUUUAGUAGUGUAAAUAUGCAAAAUUGAACACGAGAGCUACAUUCAUGCGCUAACGCUAAAAGUAGCCGCCAUUUUAUGACCAGUGGGCAGUGACACAACUAAAGAAAAGUUGAUAGGUUUCAAAGCGAGUGACAGCUGACAAAGCUUUCAUUUUCGGGCCAACUAACAGAUGGCACUACAGUCUUCUGAAAACGUCUCUAUAAGGCGUCUGUCCCACCCCUGGCGUCUAGUAUCACGAGGCGUUUCCGAAUGGAAUAGCCGAAUCUAAUGUGCCGUAGACGGGGUUUUGGCAUACAUAAUAUUUUUUUUUCUGCAAAAUAAAUUGUGAGCAAACUGUAAAGUAAAAAUAUGAAAGAGCUCGUGUUAACAGAGUUAAUAUGUCAGAACAAAUAUAAUUAAUAGAAAUUUCAAA